AUGCUCAAGCGCCUUCCCCCAAGUAAGGGAGAUACGCCCAUUACCUCGGCGACGUCUGGCGGCUUCGGGAUCAUCGCCAAGCCCUUUCGCCCGCCCACGUCACUCAAUGCGCGCCGCACGGUGUUGGGGACAGGGAGGAAACGCAAGGCUGUGAAUUACAGUGAGAUGGGUGGGGGGACCGACGACGGCGAGGCGGUCAUCGAUGGAUCGCCGCCAAAGAAGAUGCGGUUCGAAAUGGGCAAUAAGGUGUACGAGAACGGCGUGCUCGGCGACAUGGCAAGGUGGUGUACCCGCAAGUUUCCCGUGUUCGAGCCAAAGGAACGCACCACGGUGUUUGCCAAGAGCUUCGCCAUCCCCGUCAUGACGAACGCCAGAACGUCGGAGAAGAUCAUGCAUCCCCUCUCGCACGCGUCGCUUGGCGCGCGACCGCAUCCCAACCUCGCCCCGCGGCCUCUGCACGAUCCCAUGGCUGACCACGCCAUCGUGUUGUAUGACCCCACGAUUGACGACAAGCCUGCGCCUAAGGAGAACGAGGAGGUCGUUGUGGUUAAGGAAGACCGGGGGCCGCACAAAAGCCUCAAGACCAUCCUCGGUAUUCAGGACCGCAAGGUCAAGGUCGAGGUCAAAGUUCCCGUCGUCAUUGAUCCACGCCUCAGCAAGGUCCUCCGUCCCCACCAGAUCGAGGGCGUCAAGUUCCUCUACCGCUGCACGACGGGCAUGCUGGCCGACAGCGCGUGGGGCUGCAUCAUGGCCGACGAGAUGGGCCUCGGCAAGACACUCCAGUGCAUUGCGCUGCUGUGGACCCUCCUCAAGCAGUCUCCUCUGGCUGGCAAGGCGACGUGCGAGAAGGUCAUCAUCGCGUGCCCUACCUCGCUCGUCGGGAACUGGGCCAACGAACUCGUCAAGUGGCUCGGGCCUGGUGCCGUCAACCCACUGGUCGUCGACGGAAAGGGCGGCAAGGCGGAGCUCAUCCCCGCCGUCCGCCGCUGGGUGGCCGCCCAUGGUCGCAACAUCACGUUGCCGGUGAUGAUCGUCUCGUACGAGACCCUGCGCUCUCUGGAGGAGGAGUUGGCAAACUGCGAGAUCGGCCUUCUUCUCGCCGACGAAGGACACCGUCUCAAGAAUGCUGAAACCCUCACCUUCCAGGCGCUCACUUCACUCAAGGUCAAGCGACGCGUGAUCCUCACUGGCACGCCCAUCCAGAACGACCUCUCGGAGUACUUCGCACUGCUCAACUUUGCCAACCCAGAGUACCUCGGCUCCAAGCUCGACUUUAAACGCAACUUUGAGAGCAAGAUCCUGCGUGGACGUGACGCCGACGCGUCGGACAAGGAGAAGCAAGAGAGUGAUGCCAAGCUCAAGGAGCUCAGCGGCCUCGUCAACCGCUUCAUCAUCCGCCGCACCAACGACCUGCUCUCCAAGUACCUCCCGGUCAAGUACGAGCACGUCGUCUUCUGCCGGCCGAGUCCCCUGCAGACCGCACUCUACAACCACUUCGUCAACUCGAAGGAAGUGCAGCGCUUGCUGCGUGGCAAGGAAUCCCAGCCUCUAAAGGCCAUCGGCCUCCUCCGCAAGCUCUGCAACCACCCUCAGCUCCUCAAUCUCCCCGACGACCUCUCGGGGAGCGAGAAUCUUCUCCCUGACGACUACGCCGUCGCACAGACUGGUCGCGAGCGUGGCCUCAACUGCACCUACUCGGGCAAAUUUGUUGUCCUGGAACGCAUGCUCGACCAUAUCCGCAGAUACACCGACGACAAGAUUGUGCUGAUCAGUAACGCGACGCAGACGCUUGACCUCAUGGAGCGCAUGUGUCGGGCGAAGAAAUACGGUCACGUCCGCCUCGACGGCUCGAUGAGCGUCAAGAAGCGCAACACCAUCGUCCAGCGCUUCAACGACCCCGAGGGCAAGGAGUUUGUCUUCCUCCUCAGCUCCAAGGCCGGCGGGUGUGGCAUCAACCUCAUCGGCGCGAACCGUCUCAUCCUCUUCGACCCAGACUGGAACCCGGCCAGCGACCAGCAGGCCCUGGCUCGAGUAUGGCGCGACGGGCAGAAGAAGGAAUGCUUCGUCUACCGCUUCAUGACCACGGGCUCGAUCGAGGAGAAGAUCUUCCAACGGCAAUGCCAGAAGCAGAACCUAUCCGCAUGUGUCGUCGACGAGGCCGAGGACACCGCUCGCCAUUUUACACAGGACGACUUGCGAGAGCUGUUCAAGUUCACCACCGAGACAGUAUGCCAGACGCACGAGACUUACAAGUGCAAGCGGUGCCGCGGUGGCAAGCAGUUCGUCAAGGCGCCAGCGCUGCUUUACGGCGACGCGAGCACGUGGAACCACUUCCAGAAUGCCGACCUUGGGCAGAUGCACGACGACUUGCUCCGUGCUGAGCUCGGGCUGCCUGAGGUGUCUUACGUGUUCCAAUACAUCUCGCACUGA